CAUAUCUACUUGAUUGAUGCUUCCUCCCUCUCGCGAAGAAGAAGCCUUUAAAAACACCCCGGUUGCUGGUUUCUGGGUUCAUACCGACGACACCAUGGCCUCGGAGAGAAGGCUCCUCGUGGCUGCUGCCGCCGUCUUCGCCCUCGCUUCAUACGGUGAGGCCAUCAUGGGGGGCUCGGAGGCGGCGGCCCACUCGCGCCCUUACAUGGCUUCCAUACAGUUUACAGAGGGGGGCGCCACGAAGCACGAAUGCGGAGGGUUUCUGAUCUCGGAGCAGUGGGUUAUGACUGCGGCGCACUGCUUCCCGUCAGGGCCCAACGGACGGCGAGUAGUGCUGGGCGCCCACUCCCUGACAGAGCCCGAGGAGACAAAGCAAACGUUUGAUAUUUUGCAAGUUCACAAUCACCACAAUUUCACCUUCUACAAUUAUGACAAUGACAUUUCGUUGGUUAAGUUGGACCGUCAGAUUGCGGCCUCCGAAGCCGUAAAACCAGUCAAGUACCUGCGAGCAGGGGGCACCAACCCCGACACGGAGGAGGAGGUCGACACCGCUGGCUGGGGCUCCGUGAACAACCUGGCGGGCAGGACGGACAAGCUCAAAGAACUGGUCAUUGAGGUCUUCAACCACGAUCGAUGUGGACGCGGUGACUACUUUGGCAGCAAGUUGACCGACAACAUGAUCUGUGCCUACAAAUUAUGCCCCAGACCUUGUAAUGUGCCAUACAAGACACAGGACACGUGUGAUGGAGACUCGGGUGGCCCUUUGCUUUACAAUGGAGUGGUGGUGGGCAUCACCUCAAACGGAGGGAAGAAGUGUGGCCAGGUGAAAAAGCCAGGACUGUACACCGUCAUCUCCCACUACACGCAGUGGAUAGACGACAUCCUGGCCCUGUAACCUAGUCUACUGUCAAACCACAGCCAUUGAUUAGACAAGUUGGGACACUGCAGUUCCUAUUGGGCACCCCGUUCCUGCUCUUGGCUGCUUUUCUUAAGUCUGAUUAGGUGAUCUUCUGUAAAGCUGUAUGUUAUUCUGCAACGCUAUGGCUUAUUAGGCCCUUGCUACUAAUAGGUGCAGCAGUAUGGUGCACCGGUCUACGAAAUAACCAGUGCAGUUUUCGUCAUCAUUACGCUCAACGCAUGUUAGCAAGACGUCAAUAAAACUUUGUUUAGCAUACCAAAA